AUAAAGUCAUCGCCGUCAUUCAUUACCCCAUCGAGUGCUGUUGUGAUUAAACAAGAGGGCGUUCGUGAAGAGCCCGGAUCCGGAAGACGAAGCAGAAGUGAAACGAAUGCCGACGCGGAAAGUGAACUUGGCGCCAGCCAUUAUUGUGUAGAGCGCACACGUGCCGGUGUUAAUUUAGUGUAUCUCUCCUCCAAUCCAUCAGAAGCCUUGGUUCCAGGAACACUUGCCAAGCGUCAGGCUGUGCGAAUCAGACGUCGUGUUUGCUCAUGCAGUGCAUCUGGAUUUUCUGCACUGAUGAAACUUCCUUGCAAGGGUUAG